AUGCAUUUCUUCGAGGCAAAGGGCGCUGACCUCAGCGCCGUGCUCUUAGAAGCGCGGCGUAUGGAGCAGCGUGCAGAGGCCGCCGCUGAGCAGGCACGGAAAUCUGCAGAACUGGCAGUGCUCGGUGCAGCGGAGAGCAGAUGUGGCAGUGGCUGCGUUGGUGCAGCGCAUGCAGGUGCCAUGGAGCAGAGCAUGGACAUUUGGGAGAAUGAUUGGCCAAUGGACUCUGAAGGUUUGAAUGCGGGUACGACCUGCGCCAAACAAACCUGUCGUGAGAUGAGAGCAAAGAGGGAGUUAGAGCUGGGAAGCACGAUUGCAAUAUCCGCAGUGUGGCGAAGCUUCUUCGACUUUUCCUCUGUAGCCAUGGGCCAAAGCUGUCAAAGCUGUCAGACUGGUGCUCAUCGAUUCCCCGAGCAGGGUGCGCCCAAGCCCUCUGAUGAGAUGCAGGGAUGGACAAAAGUCUACUCUCUGGGCCGCCUCUUGGGGGAUGGAAUCUCAGCCAAAGUCUUUGAAGCAGAGGCUCUAGCUGACCUGGAAACCACUGAGACUGCACAGCAAAUGCCUUUCAGCACCUGUGGAGCUGUCACGGCUAGCAUACCACAAUGCCUCCGUGAGCAUGGCCGCAAGGUAGCCAUCAAGCGCUUUCACCGCCUUGGCAGUCGCACGUUCAAUAAAGAGCUCACAGCCUUGAAACGCGUGGGUACCCAUCCCAACGUUCUUCGCUUGCUGGAGAGCUAUCAGGGCUUCAACCGUGAAGACGUUUUGGUCCUUGAAUACUGCGAUGGCUCCACGCUCUACGACCUCUACGCCCGGGAGCACCCCAAGGGUGGCCUUCCAGAACGUCUGGUAGCGCGGCUUCUUCGCCAGCUCUUCCUCGCGUUGCAGCACUUGAGCAGUUGCGGCGUCGAGCACCAAGACGUGAAGCCUGAAAAUAUGAUGCUCUUUGACGUGGCCGUUUCAGCCUUCCAAGCAGAGUUGAAGCUUGGUGAUUUCGGCUGGGCGGCCAUUGCAGCACCAGAGGGGAAGGCGACAAAGCCACCCCCGACAGGUGCUGGCUCUCUGUGGUAUGCACCGCCUGAACUGAACCCGCCGGUGGAGGGCAUCGAGCCAGAGCCUCUGGCGGUGGACCAGCAUGGCGAGCCCAUCAAGGGUCUCAGUGACAUGUGGAGUGCCGGUGUGGUGCUCUAUCUUCUGCUGGUGGGCCACAAUCCCUUCAACCAGGCUUUGAAGCAACAAACCCAGGAAGCUCAGGACCAGGAAGUGCUGCGGCUUGUGGCGCAUGGCAGGUACAAUGCUCGAACAGAGAGGUGGCAGGGACUUCACCCCGAUGCUCGUGACCUCGUGGAAAAGCUGCUCAAAGUCACACCUAGCCAAAGGCUGCCACCCUCGGAUGCACUUCAACAUUCAUUUGUGACAAAGCGCACAGUUUCUGGCCGCGUAUCAGGCUAUGGUGGAAAUUCUAGUGCUAUCUCCACUUGUAUGGAUGGAGAGCAUUCCGUUUUUUUCCACGGCUCUGUAGCACCUUGGGCAGGGCGCGAGCGGCGGUGGCAGCGACUGGACGGUUUUCAACGGCUGGCCUGGCUGGCCAUGGCACGAGCUCUUGCUGAGCCGGAGUUGGACAGAGCAGUGGUGCAAGGUGCCACAUCGCGGUCAGGCCUAGCUUUGUUUGGAUCCCAAUCGAAAGUGAGUGCCAUGCCUUUGCCGAUGACUUCCGCAGAGACCACUGGCCGCUUGCGGUCAUCUGGAAAAACGCAAAGCAACUUGGAGUUCGUGAACAGCCAGUAUUGGAGGAAUCAUCAGGCAGCAAAGUCGGGAGUGGAGAACGAGCUGUUGGCAGCUGUCAAACAGAAUGGGCUGGCCUUUCAGUACCUCAACAAGGAUCGAGCUGCUGAGCUGUUUGGACCUCAUGAUGAUGAGGAAGAACUACAUGAUGGACUUCCUGAAGGUGAUCUUCCUACUUCAGCGGAGUUUGACUACCCUCACUUAGAGAGCCCUCUGGGUGAGGAAGGCGAGGAAGAAGAAGAGCUGUUGAGAGAUGAGGAGCAGCAGUUAGAAGAGCAUGAACUACAUCGUGGACGCCUUGGACGUAAUGGACCGCGACAAGUUCAUCGCCGAGAUCCUGGUGGCAGCACUCCCAAGAAGAGCUCUACUUCAUCAUCGAGCCCUUCGAGAAGGCGACCUUCGUCUGGCAAGUCAGAGGCUGAAGACUCAGCCCCUCGUGGACGACCGCGAGGAAACCUCCCUCCAGCACCACCUUUUGAUGGUGAUCGCAAGAAGAACCCGAAGGUCUUCAAGCAGUGGCUCCAGAAGGUUGAUAGCUAUGUGGAGAUCUCCAAGAAGAUCAUCGACGAGAGCGAGAUCGGACUUCGGUUGCAUAGUGCCUUGGAAGGUCAAGCGGCCGAGUACUUGGAGAACAUCCCAGCUCGCACUUUCGGAGGCCCUGAAGGUUGGAAGGUCCUUCUGCAGGUGCUGCAGGAGAAGUUCGAUGAGCGCAAGAUGCACAAGAUUGGAGGAGCACUUCGCGGCUUCUUCAAGAUGAGCCUCACGGAGAAGAACACCACGCUCACCGAGAUGUGUGAUUUGCUGGAUAAGUCCGCCCGCGCUUGCAGGGAAGCUGGUUUGCAGAUCCCCGACGAGAUCAUGACCUACCAGUUCUUUGAGCAGGCCGGAUGCACCAUGGAGCGGCAAGCCAACAUCCUCCUGAGGACAGGAGGAGACUAUGAAUGGCAAAAGGUCAAAGCUGCUGUUGACCUCCUCUACCCCCAGACCUAUGUCAAUCGCGGCCGAACGACCUAUGACAAGCCGUCUGAUGGUCGGAGCAGCUAUGGCAAAGGCAGAACAGCACACGAGACGCAGGGCCAUUGGGAGCCUGAAGUUUCCACUGAGGAAGUUGACCUCGAGGAGUGGAUUGUCUCUGAGGACCCCAUCGAGUCCCUCGCUGAUGCAGAAGUUGAAUAUCUUCCUGAACCUCUAGCCCGUGAACUACAUGAGGUGUUCGCCACCCACAGAGAGAACCGCCAGAAGCUUGCAGCGGCCGUGAAGGCCCGAGGUUUCUAUCUCAAGUCCGGCAAGGGCAAAGGACGCUCUGGUGGAGGUGGCAAGGGCUACAGCAAGUCGAAGGGCAAGGGCAAGGACUCUACAAGGUCUUCAUCGUCUUCACGAUCUUCAUCGCGACCCAAGGGCAAGGGCAAAGCCCGUGGCAUGUCUUUGGAUGAGCUGAAAGCCAUUUCCACUUGUGGUGAUUGUGGCGAACUUGGCCAUUGGCGUGGAGAUCCUCAAUGCAAGCAGCCGAAGAAGGCUCAUGAAGCUCACUUGGACUACGAGACCGAGGAGUCCCAGGAGAACGAUGACGACUACUGGACUGAAUGGCAGCCCGACUAUGAUGACAGUCACACUGGUUGGAUGACUGGCGGAGGUGCGGAACGCAAUGUUGCUGACACCUCGACUGACCGUGCUGCCUACCCCAAGUCCACAGAGUUCAACAGUGGCCGCAAGGCUACACCCACUUCGACGACUACCAAGGUUCAGAAGCCAGAUGCCCCACUUCAGUCCCAUGACGCCUAUGAGGUCAUCAAGGACUUGAACCGCAUGAAGCGCAAGGCGACUGGUGACACUGGUACUACAUCGAGACCCUCGUCUUCAUCUUCGGUUUUGCUGGCCGCCAACGCGGAGGACAGGACCAAGCCGUUCGACGUCUUCACCGCGACCGCGGACGUGCAGAAGCAGAUCGAGGAGAAGAGGUUGAAGGCCCGAGGCCAUACUUCAUCGGCUCCGGAAGCCAUUCGUGAAGCACAAGAACGUUUGGGACUUCCGGUGAUUGAGGAGGAACCUGGUUUUUGUGUUUGGGAUCUUCUCAAACCGGUCCCCAAGACACCGCCCAAGGUUGACCUGGACAAGGUGAGAGUGGCCUUGGUGGUUUCUAACGAACUUCAUCCUGGACUUCCUGGACCCGACGAACCUCGACCUCAUCACGUACCCACUCACCGUGGCCGCAUUGAGUAUGAGAAGGGCAUCGAGAGCAUCUACUCCCGCGACACCUCCACUCUCUCAGAUGAGCAGUACGAGGAGAGGAGACGUUGUGGUGGUUUGGUGCAUGGCGGAACCCGCAGGACCAGCCGCAAGACUUUGAGCCGGCAGACAACCAGUGCUGCCAGUCCUCGUGGCCCGGUCCGCUUCUUGGACUACGACUUCGCCAUGAAGAUUAUCUUCCCAGAGGACGACUUGAGCAUGCAGGAGUUCCUCGUUGGCGGAGAUCGAGUACCAAGAGACGUCUUGAGCAACACUCGCAUGAAGCCCACGGUCAAGGACAAGACCGCCUACUUGACCAUCGACACGGCGUGCGAGAAUACUGUGGGUGGACUCACCCAAGUCAGGCAAGUCGCCAGCAUCAUCGAGUCGAAGCACAGCGUGAAGCCCCUGAUCACCGAGGAGAACGAGUCCUACCGUUUUGGACCUGGAGAGCCCAGAACUUCGAACCACAGGUGGCACAUGCCAGUUGGCAUUGGAGGCUGUGCAAUGGUGAUCAAGACCUCCGUGCUGGACGACACUUUGCCUGAGAGUGGCAAGAUUCCUUGGCUUGCUGGGCAAGACUGGCUGCGACUGGUUCGCGCAGUCGUAGACAUCGGAGAACAGAAGAUCUACCUCAAGGCCCUUGAGACUGAGGCGGAGCUUUUUGUAGACCACACUGGACACCUUGUGGUCGCGGUAGAUGAUUUUCCAGUCACUGGAUGGCCGCAGGACCGUCAGGCCUCACAAGACGCCUAUGCUGGAGUCCUUUGGGCCACAGGAAAAGCCUACAUGCAGCCGAAUUUUGCAGCCACUCAUGUUUAUAGCCCCGAGGAUGAUCCUUUUUGUGAUGGAAGUUUGCAGGAGAGAACCCCUUGCAUCGUUGCCUCCGACAAGUGGGAAUACCUUCUGGAUCACCCUCAGGUCUAUAUUAGGCAUUCGAAAGCCAAAGGCGACUUUGUGUGGCUGCGAUGGAGCCGCCUGCUGCGCAAGGUGAUGAUCUACCUCAAGGCGAUCGUCUGCAGCCUGGCUUCAACUCGCAUGAUGAACCAGUUGAAACACCGCUCACCAGCUUUGGUGGCCUAUGGGGAAGCCCUGAUCUCCCACGACCAGAUGAUCGAGGAGUGGAAUCCGGAGGCCUUGCCACCGACCAUGCCCCCAGUGACCACUCAGAGCAAGAACUUCGGACUGCCAUGGAACCUGAACUACCCCUACCAGCCGAGGGAUUGCCCUCACCUGGUGGAGCAUGGAAGACGCUUUGGCAACGCCCAUGGGAAGUUCUUGGAGUGCAUAAGCUGUGGAAUGGUUUGGCGUGGACUGGACUACAAGGUGCCGAUUGCCCAGACCCUGGUCACCGUCUACCCGGUCCUCGUGGGAACAAGGGACAAGCCCGGAGGCAAGGUGUUGAAGGGCGAGACUGCACGCCCAGAGGCUCGCAAAGGAGUCUCCUCCAGCAAGUCCUAUGGGUCAUCGUCUUCCUCACGACCUACCUCUACGGAAGCAGUUUAUGGAGCAGCGGACUUCAAGCCGCCGGCGAGGAAGGCCACGACAAAGGACAUCAAGGAGGAGAAGGUCAGUGGAGCGAAGCGCACUCAAGGAAGCGGACGACAUCAUGUCGAUCUACAGCGAACUUUGAGCUCCCCUGGACCUUCCAAGCUGAAGCCCGGUCAGCAGAAGCGGAUGAAACACAUGGCCCGAGAGGCACUUGCUGCAUCCAAAUGGCAGCAGAAGAUGGUCAUGCAGCGACUUCAAGGUGGACGCUGGCCACGAAAGCACUUCCAGUUUGACCUCGUGGAGAUCUUUGGAGGAACUUCAAUGGUCACAAUUCGUGGAGCGACACUUUGGAAGAUGAAGGUGCUGCAACCCAUCGACAUCCGCUACGGAAUAGAUCUUCGGAAAAGAUCGAUGCGGAGAUGGUUGAUGACCACUUUGAGAAGGUUUAAACCUCGGCUGGCUAUGGUCGAGUUUCCUUGCACACCAUGGAGCAUCCUCCAGAGGAAUGUGAACUAUAAGGGAAGAGAAGAUGAGCUUCGAGAACUACAAGAACAAGACCGUCCCUUCCUCAAGCUCACGGAGGAUGUGUUCAAGACUCAGGUCGACCAUGGUGGUCACGCCAUCGCUGAGAACCCUGCCACAGCAGACUCGCAAAAGCAAGAUGAGAUUGUACGACUUCGCAACAAGUACUUCGAGACCACCUCUUGCUUGUGCAUGUUUGGUUUGACUGGCAAGGCAGGGCUACCUAUGAAGAAGCGAGUGAGGUUCAUUGCCACUCACCCCUACUUCAUCGAGGAGCUGGACAAGCAGUGUGAUGGCUCGCAUGUCCAUGAAUUGGUUGAAGGUUCCAACACAGCCGCUUCAGCCUGCUACCCUCCUUUGUUGGCUGAUGCAAUUUGCCGUGCCUACUGGAGAAUUGUUGUUGAAGAAGAUUUUGGAACCAUGACCCUCAACGAGAAGGACGAUACCAACACUGCCUGGUUCGUGGACGCCGACAAAUCCGAGGACAAGUGGCGCCCCCUCUUCGAUGACGCCAUGGAGGUGUUGGGUAGGAAAACACAGGCCAGCAUCUUUCUUGCUCCGGACUCCGAGCUCUACGCCAAGAUUGCCCGUUUGGUCCCUUGGCAGAUCAUGAACAUCCAGAUAGCUCACCUGCCUAAGGCUAAGAGAGUCCGACCUGGCUUGGAAGAUUGUCACCGCUGUUCAGCACUCCUGUUGAACGACGACUCCAUUGUGCUUGAGACGGAGUUCUUGAAGACUGCUCAGGCACCAAGGGAACGUUUUGUGCAGCCGGUGCGCCUGGCUAUCUUUGUGCUUGGGUACGCUCCUGGUGACCCAGCAGACCCUGCUCCACAACAAGAACCUCCUCGACAACCAGUGCCGGUUGAGCCCCAUGACGAUGGUGCCCUACUAGAACCAAAGGAGUCUCCGGUCCUCACCAAGCAGACCUACGCAGAUGAGCAAUGGUUCAUUGGACCGCCUUUGACCAACAAGCAGAAGAAGUUGGCGCCUAUGUUAGUCAAGGUUCACAAGAAUUUGGGCCAUCCUGCACAACCUGACCUGACAAGAGCUUUGAUACAAGAUGGAAAAGUUGAGCCCGAUGCCAUUGAGUUGAGUAGAAGACUGCGCUGUGGAACAUGUGAACGUUCCAAGAGGCCUGGGAUUCCUAGGCCAAGCUCUUUCAAGGUCAUUGGCGCUUUCAACAGCAAGCUCUGCAUCGACUUCGUGUAUGUCACCGACGCCAACCAGGACAACCACGCCUUCUUGCACCUUUUGGAGCCAAAUGGGUCUUUCAAUGUCUUUUGGCCGUGUGACACCCGCGAAGCUGGCCAUGUCUAUGACCUGGUGACCAUGUUGUGGUGUUCAUGGGCCGGCUACCCAAAAGAGCUGUGGGUUGACCAAGAUGGUGCUUUUCAAGGCGAGUUUGCCGAGAAGAUGCGCAGCAACGGUGUCAUUUUGGACCACCCUCCUGCAGCUGCUCACUGGCAAGUUGGCGAAGUCGAAGCCUACAACCGUGCUUUCCAACACCUAGCCGCUAAGCUAGUGGAUGAGUUGAGCUUGGCUGGAGAGCGCGACAUGAAGACGCUCGCAUGUGCAGCUGGAGCUGCCAUGAACGACAAGAUUAGAUCCGCUGGCUGCUCAGCCUAUCAGUGGGUCUUUGGAAAAAACCCCUCCUUGCCUGAUGACAUUUUGUCCCCCGACGGCAAGUAUGAAGCUUUGCAGGCCAUGGAGCUCGAUGAUGAACUCCGCAAGAGAAACCGUGUUCGAGCAUUGGCCGAUGAGAAGCUGGCAGCCUACAGAUUGAACGAAGCUGUCAGGGCUGCGAUACUUCGGAAGUCGCAUCCCAUGAAGGAGACCUAUGACCCUGGCGAGAUUGUUGCUUUCUGGCGUGAAGCCCGGUAUCGGCAGGGGAAGAAAGGUCAGAAAGGGAAACGCAUUCCUGCGGCAUGGUACCGUGGUACUAUCAUUGGACCACACAAGGGCGACAGCUCCACCAAACAGAACAACUUCUGGAUCUCUUCUGGUGGUAAGUGUGUGCUUGCAGCCCGCGAGCAGAUCCGCCCAGCUUUUGGUACCGAGCUAUGGCCAGUUCACGAACACCUGCUUCAACAAGUCCAAGAUAACCCACCGGAGGAGUACUAUGACAUUCGGUCUUCACAACUUCCUCCAGUACCUGAAGACGACGACUUGGAAGAAGUGCACGCCGUGCCGGUGUUCGAGCCGGAAGAGGAGCUACUUGACCGAGCCCCUGAAGAAGAUGAACAGGCCAUGAACGCAGAGCCUCAUGAAGAUGGAUCUCCAGAACCAGGUGAAGCUGAACAGUCCCUUGGUUCUGACCACACUACGUUGGCCCCUGAGACUUCCACAAGAGCGCCUGGAACACCUGUGACGGGCAUCAUUCGCCCGAUGGAACAGCCACCAGCUGUCAAGAAGCUACGUGUGACUCCAAGUGGAUCAGCAAGUUCUGCAGCAGGAGUAGCACCACUACAACUUGAUGUCGAGCUACCUGCCGCCUCACCUGAAGUUGCACGACACACUGAGCUUGUUCUCCGAGAAGACCACUGGGAACUACUUCCUCACCGAGGUCUACUUCUCCGACACCACCGACGUCCUCGACGAGCUCUUUUUGACCCUGGUCAUGUACGUCGACUACCGGUUCAUUUGGAUGCUUUUUCUUCCCGGAGAACGACCUGGAUGCGUGGUCGAAAUGGAUGGUCAAAGCAUGUUGACGACUGGGUCAUCAACUCUGCCAAGGUGAUGAACCAACCCUGGACAGGUACGACCAUCUUCAAGCUCACCCUGAAGAACAAGGACUUCGAGGCACAUACCGUUCUCGAGGUGGACAAGCAGCUCACCCGGAAGGAACGGAAGGCUUUGGAGAAGGAGUUGCCUUGGACUUCAAUCCCGGAGGAGCAGAAGCCUUUGUUUCGUGAGGCUUUGGUUCGUGAAUGGACUACAUGGCUUCGCUACAAGGCUGUCGAAGUGCUGGACCUCGCCUGCAGCAAGCAUGUGGAGAGUCACUUUGACCCUGCUCGCAUCCUGGCUUCAAGGGUGUGCUACCGAGACAAGCGCGCAGCUACACCAUGGCUGGAAGUGAAGCCAAAGGCACGUCUUGUAUGCCGUGGCGACCAAGACCCCGAUCUUUUGGAGCUCCGGCGAGACGCGCCGACCAUGACUCGUUUGAGCCUCAUGCUCAUCCUGCAGCUCAGCGCCGCCUGCGCUGAUUGGUUUUUGGUGUGUGCUGACAUCACAGGUGCCUUUUUGCAGGGAGACCAGUCUUUGGCGAGGCGGAAGGACCCCUUGUUCAUCCGACAGCCUCGUGAAGGUCUACCUGGCCUACUUCCUGGUCAGUUGUUGUUGGUGGUUCGCGGUAUUUUUGGACUGGCCAACUCCCCCAGGUUGUUUUGGCGCUAUUUGCGGGAUUCCCUCAUCAAGCUUGGCUUUGUGCAGUCCACCUUGGACAAGGCCGUGUUCCUCUUCUACAGCGACCAUGAACUUGUUUUGGUUGUUGGGGCACACGUGGAUGACCUUUUGUGUGCUGGCAAGCCUGGCAUUGGUGACAAAGUCUUGGACUCGUUGCGCUCCCAGUUCGACUUUGGCGAGUGGAAGGACAUUCGCACCGAGCCCACCUUGACCUAUGGCGGCAAGGAGAUCACCAAGCGCGACGGCAUUGUGACCUUGUCCCAGGAGUCCUUCAUUCGUGCACUGACCCUGACACCAGUGCCGAAGUGGAGAGUGCUGAUGAAAGAUUCCAGCCUCACAGCUCAGGAAGUCACAGAGCUGAAGAGUGGUGGAGGAUGCCUACACUGGCUUGUCGGACAGACACGUCCGGAUUUGGCGGCAGGGACUUCGUUGGCCAUGGGAGGACAACCUACUGUCCAGAACCUCUUGGAGAUCAACCGACUCCUCCGAGAUGCCCUGAAGUCCAAGGAUUGGUGCCUCAAGUUUAGGCAGAUCCCCUUAGAGUCCGCCAGAGUCAUUGGCUUUUCCGACGCGAGUUGGGCCAAUGCAGAUGAUCUGAAGAGCCAGGCGGGCUACUUGAUCUUCCUCACCGGCCCGAACGUCUUCACCUUGGAGGGCGAUGUGGCCAAUUUGGUCGAAUGGCGAUCCCACCGGAUCAGAAGGAAGUGCCGGUCAACGCUUGCAGCCGAGACCAUGGCUUUGGACGCCUCGACCGAUGCAGCGAUGUUCACUAGAGAACUUUUGGCCGAGAUGCUGAUCGAAAGCUACAUGCCGACGCAGUCUGGCAAGUUGGACCCUAGCAUCCUGCCUGUGGCGAACGCCACCGACUGCCGGUCCCUCUACGACCUCCUGUGCAAGGAUGGCCCGGUCAGCUCGACCCAAGAGAAGCGGCUCACGCUUGACAUCGGAGCCCUUCGUGAAGCUGCAGAGGAGAUCGAACCCUCCAAUGAGGACAUCAAGGAGGUGUACAAGUGGGUGUCGACCCAAGUCCAAAGGGCCGAUCACCUCACGAAAGUGAAACCCAGUCACGAGCUUCGUGACAUCCUCGACGAAGGACACCUCUCUAUGGUGGCUACAGCUGACGCUGCGGUGGCGACCUCUCCUUUGCCUACCAGCCGCUCCAUGCAGCUUUUGAGUCGCGUAGCUCACCUAGCCUCGAAAGUGACACACUUUUUCGUCUUUAAAGAAGAUAACCAGUGCAAGAAUUCCAAGAGUGCGUCACGAUCGAGCCGAUCGGUCUAA